GGCAGCAGCAGGGCUCGGAGCAAACUUUGCAGGAAGUGCCGGGGCUGAGCCGAGCCGUGCCGGGCUUGGCCGAGCCACACAAGGGCGGCCGGGCUUUUGGGACGCGGGUUUUGUGUGCCAGGGACGGGGCGCAGGGCAGCGGCAGGGUUUUAAAAGAUCUGAUGUUUGCAUCAUAAGCCACUGCAAUUACCAAGCUCAGAAGGAGUUGCAAAAGACAAAGGAAGUGGAAAUAACAGUUAAUGGGAGACUUAGAAGUCGUGGUAUAAAAACAAAGGAAGUGCCUACACUCAUCUUUGCGCUCUCAGUGUGCCCAUUCUGAAAGUCCCAAAGGAUGAGGGCACCAAAGCGGCAGAGAAGCAAUUAAUGCGCUCAGAUCUCAUACCUCUGCUCCAGCCGUCCUCCCUCCUCUUCCUCACCCCGGCUGCCUCGCGGUGCCGCCGGUGCCUGCCUGCGCGGCAAGUCGGAGCAUGUCCGGCCCCCGUGGACAAGACGCAGAAGAUGGCAGAGCUGCUGGGGCUCGGGGACGAGCGCGGGGAGGGGGCUUCGGGGGCUCCUACGCUCGCCGACUCCUGCCUGGCGGACAACAGGCUCAAUCUGGACGUGUACCCCGACGGCUGCCGCCGGCUCCUGCAGCUCUUCGAGGGGCGGCGGGGAGAGGUGGUGCAGGUGGAGUUCCUGCGGCUCAGCAGCAACGAUCGCCUCCUUGGCGCCGCGCUGGGCAUCCUGCCUCGUCUGAAGCACCUCAAGUCCCUGGUGCUCAAAGGUGGCCAUGCCAGGGACGAGUUUGGCUCGUGUCAGCACGGCUCCCUGACAAGCUUGCCACCAGACGUUGGGAGCCUGAGGUGCCUCACCCACCUGGAUCUCAGCUUCAAUAGCCUCUCCACCUUGCCCAGCUGCAUCCCUCGCCUCCCCGGCCUCCGCGUGCUCUCGGUGAGCCACAACAGCCUGGUGGCGCUCCCCGAGGACUUCGGCUCCCUGAGCAAGCUGACUUUCUUCUCCGCUAUGAAAAAUCAGCUGAAGGACUUACCUCAGAGCAUUGGGGACCUGGCAGCGCUGAAGGACCUGGAUCUUUCAGAAAAUGCUUUGGAAGUCCUCCCUGAAGAGGUUGGAAAUCUGCACAGCUGCACACAACUGGAUCUUUCUGGGAAUCUGUUGUCCAGCAUCCCAGACUCCGUAGGCAAUUUGAAGUCUCUGCGGCGGCUGCAUCUCCACAGCAAUCUCCUGGUGACAGUCCCCGCGUCGCUCGCCAGCCUGCCCAACUUGUCCAGGCUCGAUCUGCAGAACAACUGCCUCCGUACCGUCCCCCCGGAGCUCCAGACCUUGCCUUUCGUGCACCUCCGAGGCAACCCCUUAGGAGAAACGGAGCCGCCCCCGCAGGCAGAGGGAUCUGGUGUCACAGAGCUACAAAGACUGUUCCUCGCAUCAGGAGAGGACAGCUUUACUGUGACUUCUGAAGGCUGCGAGGUGAUCCUGGCCUGUGGCAUCCAUUUCUACUUUCCAGCGGGGGCUGCCUCUGACCCUGUGCGGAUCGACUUCCGAACCCUGGAGCCAGACCCUCGGUGGGUGAAGCUGAGACACCAUGACAUCCUGCUGAGCAGGGUCCUGGAGCUGCAGCCUCACGGGGUCAAAUUCCAGCAGGAGGUGCAGAUCUGGAUGCCGUAUGCCUCCCCGCAAAGCCUCCGCCAGCGUGAGGUGGUUGUUCGGACCUUCAGUGGGCACAGCUGGAGUGAUCUGAGAACACAAGUGGAGCAGGAGACAAAAUCAAAGAAGCACGUGGCUCACUGUCGUGUCCUUCACUUCUCCUGGUUCCUUGUUGUGUCUCGACUUGUGCAAAAUGAAUGCCAAGUGCCCACAGAGGGGACCUUGCUCUUUUCCAGCGUGGAUCCGAACAUCAAAGUGACCUUCCCUCCUGGAGUCACAGAGGAGACUCGCAAUGUCAAACUCCAGGUGCUGCCGGUCUCUGCAGAAGAGAUAGCGGAACUCACGGCUGACGCGGGGUGCAGAGCCAGUCCUCUGCUCUGCCUCUCCCAGGACUCCCUGGUGGAUUUUCUCAGGCCUGUGAGAAUUCAGCUCCCCCUCCCCUUCGGGGUCACAGGGUUAAACUUGGAUCGGUCAAGGCUGCAUCUGCUCCGUGGGGACGUGCAGGGCCAAACCUGGGAUGACAUUACGAGCCAGGUGGUGCUGGAAUUCACCCACCUCUAUGCAGUGUUUGAAGUCACCCACUUCUCCUGGUACUGGCUGUGGUAUACCACCAAGACCUACAUUGGAGGCAUUGCCAAGAAGGUCUAUGAGCGGUUGCGCAUGUACCAGGUGAACUUCAUUGCUCUGCAGAGGAAGAAGGACCCCGAGCAAGUCCUGCUGCAGUGUCUCCCCAAGCACAAGGUUGACCCAGUGUUGAAGAAGCUGCAGGACCGCUACCGAGGACCCGAGCCAUCCGACAUGGUGGAGAUGUUUGAAGGAGAGCAAUUCUUUGCAGCUUUUGAGCGCGGCAUCAGCAUUGAUAUGGAUCGCCCUGACUGUGUGGAUGGACGUCUCUCGUUUAUUUUUUACUCCCACUUGAAGAACAUGAAGGAAAUCUAUGUGACUUCCCCUGUAGACAGGAAGGGCCAAGCUGUAAAAGGCCAGGUCUCUUUCUACCGAGGGGCAGUUCCCGAGAGCAUCCCUGAAGAGGCCAGCAGGAGGAGGAAAGGACCAGACUCCCUCUGGCUUGCUACUUUGCCAAUCAAACUGCCUAGGCUGAAACCCCGCUGGGGUGAGAACCCCAGACCCCAGAACGGUUUCUUCUUCUCUCCCCUGAACCUGGGCAAUGCUGAGACGGGCUACCUGACUCAGGCAAACCUGCUGAGCAUCGCCAGGCGCGUGGGAGCCGACUGGCAGACCAUCGGCCUGAACUUGGGCUUGACCUAUCAGCAGAUUGAGCGCAUAGGGUACAACAACAGAGAGGACCUCGAUAAGCAGAUCCUGGACAUGCUUUUCUCAUGGGCUCAGCAAAACUCCGAGGAUCCUGACUGCGUGAGCAAGCUGAUCAAAGCCAUGAAAGAGAGCGGCCGCCAGGACAUCGCUGACGAGGUUGAAAGCAUCAUUGAGCUGGGGCGGCAGAAAUACAGGGAGUCCAUCCGCCGGGUGGGCUUGGAGCAGGAGAGCAGCACCGAGGACUCUGCAACAGCCACGAUGUAGCACCUGGCAGAAAGAAGCAGGCUUCGUAUGGGGGCUCCCUCUGUGUCCCUGGGGUGACAACGCCUUAGGGCUGCUCCCCAAGGGCCAGCGUCUUCCUGAGGAGUUGGCCAUUGAUUCAGUUGUGAGCAGACUACCGAGCUCUGUUGGGUCUAUACUCGCACGCCACUUCUGCUGGUGGAAAUUUGUAGUGGCCAGGCAGUUCACAGUGCAUUUAUGAGCCUCUCCUGUACUUCUCAACCUUAAGCUUUAGGUUUCAGAAACAGGAAGAAGUUCAGAAACUAAAGCGUCUGCCAGUUGAGUAGUGGCUAAAGUAGCCUUCAGUUAAUUAAUACUGAUUUUACAUAGAUAUCUGAAACUGUCUUCUGCUGGAAAAACAGGGUGUGAGCAUUUGCCAGUAGGUCUGUGUGUGCUCCGGUGCUUGAUGAGAAAGUGGAGGUGCAAUCACGGUGUGAAGUCAAAUGGUGCAGUGGGGACUGUUCAGCUGUUUCUGUCCAUUACGUGCAUUGCUCACACGAAAAUGUGAGCUGUAUUCCCCAUGAGAAUGUUUACUGUUUUCUGCCAAAUCUCUUCUGGUUCCCUCAAGGCCAAAACAAAACCUAAGGCUUUGUGAGGAAAAGAGAAGAAAAGAAUUUCUAGCAUUUUUGGGGGGCUCCAAAAGCUAUUCUGGAGCAAGUAAGGACGUUUCACACUGUCCCUAGGCUCCCGCACCUGCCAGGCUUGUUAGAUGAGAUCUACAAACUGGUGGUCUUUGAUAGAGUACCAGUUUUAUUUUACAAAUAAAUAAAAGUCAAUAACCCCGCUGUUUUGGAAAGACUCUAACUUGGCUGAAAGUAAAAUUUCCCUUGCAGUUUCAAAGGGUUAUUCCUCACAUCCUCUUUGUGAAAUGUGCCCGUGUACUAGUGAAGGAGUUUGCAGAGCUUGGUGAAAAGCAUGAUAUAAAUUUGCAUUUUAGAGACUGGUCCGGCCACCAGUGAGAUAAGCACUGUUAUGGGGUUGGCUUGGACUGUGCCAAGCUAACCUCCCGGUUUUGCAAUCCGAACAUCUUGUAAAAGGCUGUAAGUAUUUAUUGUUAUUUAACUGUCCUCUCGCUGACUGCUGAGGUGCCCUUCUCCUCCUGUCACCCAUCUCGUAGUGCGCCUUAGCUAAUGGCCCACUGACGGCAGUGGGAAGCUGCACGCAAGCUUUUUGGAACAGCGCUGUAAUCUGUGUGUAUUCAGCUCUUUCAGGACACGUUUGGACUCAGCAUAUCCCGCUCUAAGCAAUAUUUAAAGGGCUGUUCUCAGUCUGCAAACCUGUAUAAAAAUGCCAGGUUAUAACACCCAAAGUCAGCCUGCAGCUGCAGGUCUGAGAAGUCCUUGUGCUUUCUUCCCCCAGUGAAGAAUCAUCAGUGCUCUGCACAGCAUCACCCUGAUGCUGUGCUUCAGACCUCCCAUCAGUAUUGAAAGAGGAGCAUAAAAUUGUUGCUCUUUUUUGUUUGUUUUUAAAGGACAUUCUUACGUCUCAGGCCACAGAGCGCGUGGAAUGGGUGUUACAGCACUGGACAAGGACUUGUAGACUGACUCAGAUCUGAUUUCUCAGGCCAUGCUGCCCCUCAAGUUUCGUGUCGGGUUUGUCAGCAGUCCUCUUUUGUGUGCGUGGAAUCUCCAGUAGCCCGUGUCAUUUGUUCUUGUCUGUAAUUUUGAUGUACACCAACAGGGUACUUGGUUUUUCCUCCAGCUUUGGAGAGAUGCAUUAGGGCAUAUUGCUCUCAUUGGGAAUAAUAAAAAAAAAAAACCCA